ACAGGGUCUCAAGGCAAACACUGCUCAGGGAAACAGGCUUGGGAACCUCCCGGGAACACGAGCGCACACCAGCCUGGUCCAUCUCCUGGGCGCUCUGUGAAUCACCACCGGGAAAGGUCCACAUCGGGAGGGAGGAGCUGAAAAAUGAGGAUUAUCCUGGUUUGGAUGCUUUUCCCACGUGUCUGGGCAGUGCUGGGUCCCCUGCAGGUGACAGCCCAUUGGGGCAGCUCGCUGUCGGUGUCCUGCAGCUAUCAGCCGGGCUACAGGGACCACCCCAAGGUCUGGUGCAAGCCACGCUUUUUCAAGAUCUUCUGCACCUACAUGGCCCAAACCAAUGGCUCAGAGGCAGUGGUGACGCAGGGCAGGGUGUCCAUCAGGGACAACCACACGGCUCUCACAUUCGUGGUGACGAUGAGCAAUGUGACGCCGGAGGACGCGGGCUCGUACUACUGCGGGGUGGUGAAAUUCCUGUGGCACAAUCAGUGGCACAAAACUGAGGUGCUCGUCUCGGAGGCCACAGCUGAGGCCAGCGAUGCGCGCCCAUUGGCAAAGACCCCCCUGUCCCCAACCGGCUGUGAGGAGCCUCCAGCACUGUCCCAGCUCGACGUCACCCUCCUGCUGCUCUUACUCAGUGUGAAGGUGCCUGUGAUCCUGACCCUGCUGUGUGGGGCCGUGUGGCUGAAGAACCGGCACAGGGGCUGCAUUACCUGGGAAAACCUGCAGCAAUCUGAGACGUCCAGCAGCACUGGGGCACGGGGCAGCCUGGCCCCCCAGCAGCCUGACCCCCCAGCAGCCCCGCAGCAUCCUGCUGUUCCCCUGCCCCACGCCCUGCCAGGGCUGAGCCACCGGAGCUGCUCGGCACUGGUCAGCUCUCUCCCUGCAAAGCCUCAGCCCCUCCUGGUGCCCCCCAAAUUGCACAAGGGAAGGGUUGGCGUGCAGAGAUCCCAUGUCUGCUACAUCAUCAUCACCUCGGAGCAGAAGCCCUGGGCGCAGUGGGGCCGGAUCUCCAUCUGGGACAACCGCACGCAGCGGGUGUUCACGGUGACAGUGGAGAACCUGGCUGCGGGGGAUGCGGGCACCUACCACUGUGGGGUGAAAACACACGCACUGCAGCAUGAUGUCACCGACACCGUGCAGGUCAUCGUGUCCUCAGCUCCUACCUCCAAAUCCCCAGCAUCAUCCUCCACAUUGGCUGUUCCCCCCGGCUCCAGUUCGGGCCCCACACGGACACCUCACCAGCAGGAAACUGCAAAACAGACGGCACGUCCCACUUCCCCUGGAGAGCUCAGUGAAAAGCAGUUGGACGUAGUCAUGGAAAUCCUCAUCCCGUGCAUCGCAGUGGUUCUGUUUCUCCUCUCACUCGCUGCUGUGGUUUUGGCAGUUCUCACCUGGAAGAGGAAGAAGGCCCUUGCAGAAGCACCCAUGGAGAUGGACAGCACUCGCGGCACAGCCAGCGCGGAGGUGCUGCAGUACGCGGAUAUCAACCACGCAGCGGGUACGGAGCAGAGCCACCUGUACAGCAACCUCAGGGCUGUCCCUGUCUCCCCACAAGCAGCCACUGAAUAUUCGGAGGUUAAGAAGCCCGGGCAGAAUUUGGAAGGGAAUGCAGAGACCCUUUAUACCAAGGUGUGCAAAGUCCCUCUGGAGGAGGAGGAGCAUCUCUACGCCAACAUGGCUGCCAGCCAGCAGCGUGCGGCACAGUGAGGAUGGGGAGCCAGCACCGCCAGCUGCUGGGGCCGAUGGCAGCGGGAGCUGCUCCGGGCAUUGGGACCCACUUGGGGGCAUCGGGACAGCGCUCCGGGCAGGCAGGAGCCAGCUGCACGACAGAGCUGCUGCUUUGGCUCCGGUGCUUCUUUGGAACAGCCCAAGAAAGAACGAGGUUGAGCAAGAGGCACAGCACGGGGCGGGGAUAACGUCACCCCCUGCGUUCAGAGACCUCGUGCCCAAUGUGGCAACCGUGCUGGGAAUUAAAACUAGUCCUCGCGUUUGGGUGGCCCAGGCUGGGGGGCAGCUGGCAGAGAAGCUCCCAACCCUCCUGCACGGCCGCUGGGAAACAGCUCCCCACAUCCCCACACCCCACAGGGCGGUCUGCCCUGGCUCAGUGCCCCACAGCCGCACUGGGAGCACGCACUGAUGGGCUGCAGCUCAGCCCCCGCUCCCUCUCCCCGCCUCAGCCGGUCGUGUACACCUGGGCACCCGCUCGACACGUUUUUCUCCAUAAAAUAUCGCUCCUUUCUCAGUUAAA